AUGAAUUUAAAAAAAGAUUCAACAAAGACACAAAUGAGACCACCAUCAUCGCCAAGAUCAAAAAAUAUACCCCCACCACGUGCACCUCAACAAUCAAAAACAAAAUACGGAAACGAUUUUCCACUUCACACGAUAUAUCUUUUUAAUUUAUACUACGAGCAACUUCAUUCCAAUCGUUUAUUCUUCAUAGUUCAACAUAAUAAUUUAAAUGUUCAAGAGCAAAUUAUAAUUCGCCGGGAUCUAAAAUACACGGGGGCCGAUAUAACAAUGAUUCGAGGAUCAGUCCUAAACGCUGUUAUAAGACAGACUGUAAUUUAUCAAAAUUUAUCACCAUUAAUUGUGGGACCUACUGCUAUUAUCUCUUCGAAUAUUUCUGAGGAGGAAAAUCCUAAAUUGGUUUCAGACAUUUUGAAUAUUAUUAACAAACAAAAAAAAUUGCUAUUAAUGGGUGGUAAAAUGGAUUCUUCGUUGUUAAAUGUGGAAGAUAUCGAACGGAUGGCUAAACUACCAAAUAAGAAACAAUUACAAGCUGAAAUUGUGGGUGUAUUGAGUGCACAGGCAGCAAGGGUUGUAGAAAUACUUAACAAAAAUCCGCAAAGUUUGGUGAGAUAUUUGGAGAUGCAUAAAGAAAAUCUUGGUGGAACAAGUUAA